GCUAUAUUAGUAGGAAAGCGCUGUAGAAGUUGAGGCUGAGACUUAAAGUCCAGAAACUGAUUUACCCCAUAGUUAGUAUCCUCGCGGACAACUGUACCAUGGUUGUAGAGGAUUAUGUAGAGGGAGUCCAGGCGUAUUUCCGCCUAGAGAAGGAUGGGAAAGUGGAGAAGGUUCUCCACUCCCUGACUCUCAUCGUAGAAGACAGCCUCCCAUUUGAUAUUGUGUUGGGAAUGGAUUGGGGAGUGGCAGUCGGGGCCACGCUCCAUUUGAAGGAGCACGAGUGUAGGCUCCCUAGUUCUGCGGGCGAGGCUAAGACUGCCCGCUUGUUCCAUGUGUCAGGAGUAGAGAAUUCCUUGGCGCAUUCCUGCCUUAGUGCCCCCGCGUUCGCCAGAUUGGUGAAAAAGGAAAAACUGGAGGAACACGUUUUUGUUGCCUAUGUUAGGCCAGUGAAUGAGCCUACGAAGGAGAAGCUGAUGGACCCUGCGAUUGCCAAGCUGCUGGAAGAGUUUAGAGAUUUGACUGAGCCGCCGACAGGCACGGUGCCGCGGCCCAUCCAGCACCGUAUUGAGAUAGAGCCUAGCAGUAGAACUCCUAAGGGUGCGGUGUACAGGAUGUCCCCGAUGGAGUUAGAGGAGUUUCGCAAGCAGUUAGACGAGCUCCUCGAGAAGGGUUGGAUUAGGCCCAGUUCGUCUCCUUUCGGAGCGCCUGUCCUCUUUGUUCCUAAGAAAGAGGGAGAGCUGAGAAUGUGCAGAGACUAUAGGGGUCUGAAUGCUAUUACGGUAAAGAGUGCUUAGCCACUGCCGAGGGUAGACGAUCUCUUAGAUCGAGUGCAGGGGGCCAAGUAUUUCUCUAAGAUAGAUUUAAAGUCCGGAUAUCAUCAAAUAG